AUGGCGCUCAAAGAUCAGAAUUUGGGCUUGAUCAAGGCAGUCCGAUCCCUCGACCAUGGCAGCGCAGAAUCUGUGCCAGACACGCUGUCCAACCUCUGGAAUCUCCUCUCGAAUUCGAUUUCCGGGCCAUUUCAUGCCUCCGAAGAGCUUGUGCUACGAUGGCUGCUCAAGAAUAUGAAUGGCACUGCCGAGGCCGCGGAGCAGUUCCGGCGGUACCCUCUGGCAUGGCGUAUCAUGGCAUGCGUGUUCAGGAGGAUACCUCUGAUCUCGUUGGCCAAGUCACUCGCCGACCGACGCUUCAUAUCGAUUCUCCAGCAGACGCUCAAAGAGAUCUCCAGCCCCAAGAGCGGAACUUCUUCCGACAAGUCGGCUGAUGGCUCGUCGUCGGAUGCUGAGAUGGUGGAUGCCGAAACUGCGAGCGUUGGCAGGACGUCUAAAAAGAGAAAGCGGUCAUCCGAAAACCCAUUCGACUUAAAGAAAUUGAGGGGCUCUCAUGAGUGCUUGAGAUCUGCGGAGGCCUUGUUCGCCGCUCUUAAUAGCCUCCUUGCGAGGCUGGAGCCGGUGGACACUGAGGUGUCCUCGAGAAUACAGAUGGGCGCCGAGCAUGUCAAGUCUCUCUUCUGCUCUCCUGCAAAAGACGCGGUGGACAUUUUGCGGCCAAUCCUGUCAAUCUGCGACCUCGCCCUGCAAGAGGAGAGCCCUGAGCCCUUUGACAACCAGGCAUCUUGGUUGGCAGCGUUCGCUUCCUUAUGGGACCUCCAUCUGCAGAGCAGCAGCGAUGCUGUGGAGGUGGCAAUGUCUUUGUACCCCGCAGGAUGCAUCGUAUUGGCUAAGAUGGACCGUUCAAAGGACCUGGUACUCGAUGCUCAUGUGAAAACGACGUGGACGCGAGAUCUGCGCCGCUUCUUCAUCAAGAACAUGAUCCUUCCGUCGAGGGCCGCUUUCCUGAACCGCAAGGAUAUCGGUAUUUUAAAGGCUGCAGCCGACGUGACAAACUUCAUGCCGACCGCCUCGUGCCCGGUUCUGUUCAGUCUUGCCGUCAAGACUCCUCACUCUACCGAAGACGCAAGCGCAAAGAGGGAGCAUGAGGACUGGACACAAAAGGCCUUCGAGGUCCUCGAGGAGCCCAUGCGCGAUGCAGACCCAGCCAAGCGUAAUCAAGCGAUGAAGGUUGUUCUUGACACGGCCUUAAAAAGCAAGGCCAGGCUUUCUCUAGCUAGCCUGCGCACAGUUUGCAGGCAAUACACUACUCCGUCCGGAAAGCUAGACCUGGAACUUGUUACCCGUGUUGCGGAUCUGGAUGUCGACACUUUCCUCAUCUCCAAAGAAGGGCACGUGCUGCUCGACGAAAUCCUUCAGGAGGUUACAGAUAUUAGCAACGCAGAGUUGGAGACUCGUGGAGAAACAAACGCUAUCGCUUUCAUCGUCUCGCUAGCGAAGGGGUUUGCGAAGGGGCGUGAUCUCUCAGGUUUCAUCAAGAAGUGGUUGGAAGCACUGGCAGCAUGCCUUAAGAAAGGUGCUGAUCAUUCAUCCAUUGCUGGGGUAUGGUCCUGCGAGGCAGUCACCGAAACUGUGACGAGUUUGCUCCAGUCAUCCAUCAAUGCGAGACAGCUCCUGGCUCUUCUUGGCUGGUUCGAAAGUCAAGGCGGCGCUUCGGAACCCAGAGCCUUGCUGGUGGUUCUGGAUGCGAUUUCGCAAGGCAUCACGGAAGAAGACUUCACUGAUGCCGUUGAUUUGCGGAUCUACGAGAUGGCCUCGGCGUUCAAGCUCAAGUCCCUGGACGAUUCAUCCAAGGCGCGGUGGUGGCAUAUCGUUGAAAGCACCGUCUCGCGAGCAACAUCAGAACAGGUCGAUAAGAUUUGGGACAAGGUCGAACCUGAUUUGAAGAAGGCACUCAAGAAGGGAGGUCUCGAAGACCUUGCCACCUCGGCAGCUUUUCGAUGCUGCGGCUCUCUUUGGUUGGCGAAUUAUCCCGGAGGGUCCCACGAGUCCGAGGCUGCUGCGAUGGCAUCUUCUUUCUUAAAGAGGCUCGAAAAGCACGUGCAGCAAUCCGACCCCAGCUCUUUGAAAGUCUUUGAGUCACCGCGACUUGUGGACUUGCUUGUCAAGUCAGACUCUGGAAGACAGUACCUGCCGAAGUUUUUCGCGCGUAUGGGCACAGUGAGGACCACUGACGAUGUUCACCACAUUCUCUACAACGAAUCCAACCUCAACAACUACAAGUACACUAGUGGUUUGGUCGGCCACGCUGUCGACAUACUUUCUGAGGAACAGAAUCGGGGCUCAUCAUUCGAUCCAACACGUGUUGUUUCGGCUCUACAGAUUCUGCUCGACGUUCCUCACGAGUCCCUUACCCGUGAACAGAGGGAACAGAUCAUGCCAAAGAUGCUGUUUUUCUCCUCCAAUCUGCAAGGUCAAGAGCCAGCACGACUUGUUGCUCUGUUGAAGCUCUGCCUUAGCUUGAUGGUCAAGGUCAUGAAGAGCCCUACAUUCUAUGAAGGAAUGAAGUUUGCCGACUUGGUCACGAUUGGCGACUCGAUCGUCUUUACCUUCCAGACUUAUGUGGGAGGUACCACCGAUCAGAGCAUGUCAUCCGCAUAUGAAUGUUUCAAAUUACUGGAGUCCCUCGCGUCAAGCACUCUGAAGCAAAUGACUUCCAAUAUUGAGAAGCGAGAGCGCAUCUACCUGGAAGAAGCCUGUCAAUCAGUCAACAAAUGGGGUACCAACCAAACAGUUCUUUAUGCUCAUCGACAGAUCCUUCUGAGGGCUUUGAUUCUCGCUCUAGAAUCUUGUAAAACCAAGCAGGUGGCACAAGAGGCUGAUCCGGCUGCCUUGAGGGAGGCCUGUUCCCUCAUGCUCGCACACUGCUUGACCACCGAUGAUCUUCAUCCGAGAGGCAAUGACUCCGCCUGGCUCAACAAGGGGAUAUCGACGUGGUGCGUGCUCGUAAUUCUGGAGCAGCUCGAUGUCGUUGAGCCCGCGGUCAUACGGUCUCGUCUACUAGCAUCGAAGUCAGAAUUGGAGAAUCUCUGCGAGAUGCUUUGCAGCAAGGGAUUGAGGGCAGGCUGGCGAUUGAAAGAAUUACUUUUCAAUUGUUUCCAAGACAUGAUCAAGGAGCCUCUGAACCUCAGCGCCAACGAAGCCCUGCCGAGCUCCAAUAGCAACGACUGUAUUCCGCUGUGCAUUCGCUCCGACCCGAGUGACAUCCACAGGUACAUCGACACUGUUCUCAGAAAUAUGAACGAAGAGGCCCGGAAUGACUGCUUUAAAGGCCUUGGUGGGAGAUUGCGGGACGAUCUCGAUAUCACAGGGCAUCUGCUCACCAUUCACCGGCUGAUCCAGGCAGAAAGCGACCGACUGGCCAGGACACAGUCCUCGUCGCAGUUCACGCUUAUUGCACAAACUCUGCACAUGCUCCUAGACAAGAAGGCCAGCACUAUGAAGCAGUGGAAUACCGAAAUCACGCUGAGCACCGUGUCGACCAUCUCUGCGGGUGGAGUAACUCAAGGUACAGACAUCAGAGCAUCUCCCAAGACGUUCGAGUCGCUCUGCCGCCUCGUCGAGGUCAUCAUCAAGCGACACCGCCUCCGAAUCGAAGGACACUUCCACCUUCUCAUCACGGCCCUGCAGAUGCUGCUCCGCCUCCUCCUCAUCCCCGUCCCGCCUUCCUCAAUCUCCGUCACCCCAGACGACCCAGCAGCCCUGCGCGAGAGGCAAGCAAAGCUCUUCGCCCGCCUUCUGACACUCAUCUGCGAGCCCUCUGUCGCAUCCGUCACGCGGGGCCAGCAACAGGGCCUCGACUCGGCGACGGAUGCUGCCAAGCGCUCGGCGGGUCAGCACAUGUACCUGGUCCUGAUGUCUUAUAUCAGGCUGCAACUCGAGAACCCAGUGUCCCGUGCGGUCAGAGAGGCGCUGCAGCCGGGCGUGUACUCGAUUCUCGACAUCACGACCCAAGAAAGGAGGAGGAUCCUGAACGAGGCGGUGGACGGGAGUGGACGGGCGAUUUUCAAGGAGAUGUAUAGAAGGUAUGUCAAAUUUGGGAAGUGGAGCGGCGUGUAG